AGCUUCGUGAUAUCUCGGGCGUAGUAUAUAUAUAUAUAUCACUUUGAACACGUCCAGUACAGACAGUACAGAGCGAGCGCUGCUCUUGCGCACUGCUUUUUGUAUUUGAGGUUAUUUUACAAGUGAAACUUUACGUCCACAAGGAUUAUCUAAGCAAAAUGGGUAAAGGGGACAAAGAGAGGAAGACAGCAGUUGAAGCCGGCACCACCGUCGCUGGCGCAGGUUACGGCGGCGCUAAAGGUGCAAGCGCGGGUGCUACGUACGGGGCCUACAUCGGGUGCUGCGGAGGCCCGCCGGGGGCCGUUUGUGGGGCCGUGGUCGGCGGCAUCGCUGGCGGCGUAGUUGGCGGCGUCAGCGGCUACUUGGUUGGAAAAGGCGCCAACGAAGUCAUCGAUGGGAUCGAUAAGAUUUAAGGCGCGAAAAGAUCUGGAUGCUUAGCCAACAUGACAAUUGUUGAUGGAAAACGCAAUCGAGACUAAAUGUAUGGAAAUAGCCACGUGACUUCUCGAAACACCCCGAUACUUUUUUUCGUUUGGCGUUUGUCGACUUUCGAUUGUCAUUUUGGCUAGCCCCCCCAGACCCCUGUUUUACCACGCUGACAUUGACAAUUCACCGUACAGUGCUGAUCGAACAAGUAGAUAUUGACGGUACGUACCGUUGUAACUAUACCCAGAACAGAAAUUAAUAGGAAAUUGUGUUAUCGCUUAACUCCAAACUCGGGUAAAUCCAUUCGACCCUCUCAGCAAAAUAUCUACCCUAUUACUAUUCCUAUUAUUAUUUUUCUAAAAUCGCAUAAUCUGACAGAUGGAUUUACCCGAGUUUGAAGUUAAGCGACUCAAUUGUCAAUGUUAGGUGUCAGUUGUCAACUUGUCACCGUGGAGAAACAGAACAAUUUCUUGUUUAUCAACAAUAUGAACUUGUAGCUGCACGAAAAUAAAUAUCCUUCAAAUUUU